AUGGCGUCAACGCAGGACGCUUGGUAUAUUUCUUUACUUGGUUUAGCGGAACAUUUCCGUACAUCAAACCCUCCUGACAUAAAAAGUUGCAUUCAGUGUCUUCAAGCUGUAUUUAAUUUCAAACCGCCCCAAAGAGUCGAGGCCAGAACACAUUUACAACUUGGAAAUAUCCUUUUGACACACACUAAAAACAUCGACUUGGCGAGAACGCAUUUGGAACAGAGUUGGUGCUUAUCUCAGACUAUUACUGGAUUCGAUGAUGUUAAGUUUGAGGCGGCGAGUGUGCUCGCGGAGUUAUUCGAGCAGCAGGGCCAACCGACUCAUUCUAAACCAAUAUUACGAAAAGCUAUUGAAUUAUCACAGCACAGCGUUUACUGGCACUGCAGGCUAAUAUUCCAGUUGGCACAAAUUCAUGCAACUGAGAGAGAAUAUGAAGUAGCGAGCAGUUUGCUUGGUGUUGGUGUGGACUAUGCACAGAUAUCCAAUGCAGCAUAUACUAGAGUACUAUUUCUACUCAGUAGGGUUAUGUUACUGUUAAUAGACAAGAAAAUCCAGGAAGUAUUACCAUUAUUGAACCAGGCCGGUCAUCUUGUUGAGACAUGGGCUGGUAGUCCUCACCAGAAAGAAUAUCUUAAAGUAUUUUUUCUUGUGUUGCAGGUAUGUCAUUACUUAAUGGCUGGUCAAGUGAAGAGUGUGAAACCAUGUUUGAAACAAUUGCAGCAGAGUAUUCAGACUAUCAUGGCUCCGACAUGGCCUGAUGAUGAUGCGGUGUGUGGGAGUGCCUCAGGAGAGUCAUUUGUGUGGUUGUCGAGACAGCAACUGUAUGUGUUGGUUUACCUCGUGACAGUGAUGCAUUCAGCUCAGGCCGGUUAUAUGGACAAGGCUCACAAGUAUACGGAGAAGGCUCUCGCUCAAAUAGACAAGUUGACAUCGAGCGAGGAGGCUAGUGAGUCAAGCGGUGUAGUGAGUAGUGGUUCUGUCCGUGGCUGCGCGGCGCUCGCCUGGCGGUUGAGGAUGGCGCUGCUGGAGCACGCGGCGCUGUGCCGGCUAGUGGCGGGCGGGAAGGCGCACGCUCUACAUGAGAUAGCACGCGCCGCGCAUCUACUCUCAACCGCGCCUAACGCGAGCGCGGCGGCUGCCCACACUCCACAACUUCACUGUUUACUGGGACUGUACGCUAUGUCAAUGAAUUGUAUGGAAGCGGCCGAGGCACAGUUCCACACAGCCAUACAUAUGUCACAAGAAAGGGAUUUAUGGAUGUUUGCGAAAUUGAACCUAGCUAUAGUUUAUUUAAGAGGGAGACGAGACAAUGAUCUGGCACAGUUAAUGGAACAGGUUCGACCAGAAGCGUUGCCUACAUAUGCGCAUGGUCUGCGAGCCGCCUCCUACUACGUACUGGGACUGCAAGCCUUCUUCCAAGCGCGAUACAACGAGGCCAAACGGUAUCUCCGGGAGACGUUAAAAAUGGCGAACGCGGAGGACUUGAACCGGCUGACGUCAUGUUCGUUGGUGUUGCUCGGUCAUAUAUUCCUGUCAAUAAACAACUCGCGGGAGAGUAUGAACAUGGUCACACCGGCCAUGCAGCUCGCCAGCAAAAUACCAGACGUGCAUGUACAGCUGUGGGCGUCCGCGAUAUUAAAAGAUCUGUAUCGUCUCGCGGGCGACACGGAGCGAGAGAACGAAGCGUACCAGAUGCACUGUAACUUCUCUCAGGCGUUACUAAAGGAUCACUUCCAAGCGACCCAACUGCCGCAACACGCGCUAGUACACUGGACGACGGGCGCGCCCCCCGCCCUCCCCCCACCACACUCCUAG